AUGCGUCAUUUCCUCGUUGUUUCUCAGUUGGUGGCUGCUGUUUCGUGCUCCAUCAUAUCCAUUCGAUCAUGUCUGGUUACAGAUUAUGCUGGAAUCGCCCCUGCAGUAGCAGCAUGUACCAACAUUGUACUUCGAGAUGUUUACGCACCACCAAAUAGUACCGUAGACCUUUCCAAACUGAAAGCUGGAUCUACAGUCACGUUUCAAGGAAGAACGACCUUUGGAUUUACAAACAGUAGUACUUUCAGUCCCAUCAUAUUCGGUGGCAAUCAUGUCACCAUUACUGCUGCUCCUGGUUCUGUUAUUGAUGGGAAUGGAACGCUUUAUUGGGAUGGACUUGGUUCGAAUGGAGGUGUACCAAAGCCAAAUACCUUCAUCUCGGUCAAGAAAAUGACCAACAAUUCCGUCAUUUCAAACCUCCACAUCGUCAAUUGGCCCGUCCACCUAUUCGCUAUCCAAACCUCCUCAGAUGUAAUUCUUAAAGACAUGCUGCUAGACAACCGCGACGGCGAAGCCCCAAACAGCAGAAGCGACGGUCUCGCAGCAGCGCACAACUCCGACGGCUAUGGCGUGAAAGAGAGCUCUAAUAUCCUCAUCACCAACAACAAAGUCUACAACCAAGAUGAUUGCGUGGCCGUCACCAGCGGAAACAACAUCACCAUUGAUGGUCUCUACUGCUCUGGUGGCCACGGUCUAAGUAUCGGAUCAGUCGGCGGCAAGAGCAACAACAACGUAACCAAUAUCCUCUUUACCAACACCGAUGUCGUAAACUCCACCAACGGCCCACGCAUCAAAUCCAACUUCAACACCACAGGCUACAUCGCCAACAUAACCUACUCCAACAUCCGCCUCUCCAAUAUCACCGACUACGGCAUCGAUGUCCAACAAGAUUAUCUGAACGGCGGACCAAAUGGUACACCCAGUAAUGGUGUCAUUAUCGCGAAUGUGCUGUUCAAGAAUGUGGUUGGCACGGCGGAUAAGAGCGCGAGAGAUUACUAUGUCUUGUGUGGAGCGGGCAGCUGCUCAAAUAUCAAGUUCGAGGGGACCAAUAUCACGGGGGGUGGGAAGACGAGUUCUUGUAACUUUCCGGCGGAGGGGUGUCCAGGUCCGUAG